AUGCCGCCUAAGAGACAGAUCAGGUACCAGUCCUGGGACCCGGAGACGAGCGUCUCCACCUCCCGGGCUGAGGCAGAUGCUCUGGGAUUGAAUUAUGCUGUGAUCCAACAAGGAUUACAUUGCACGCGGAAUGUCACCAACGACGGGAUCCCCGUCACCUUUUACGACCGGCCGUUAAAGCCAUCCACACCCCAAAAUACAUUCGCCGCCUUUUCAAAUGCGGUGCAAGAUACGGGGAAGGAAAUCCGUCAGUUCAAAGACACCAUCCGAAGCAGCGAAGCCGAGAAAGGUCUUCAUGGCCAACGAAAGCCGGCGAGCAAAUCCUAUGGGAAUCAAGCCAUGGAGAGUUAG